AUGAAGUUCACUACUGGCGUCAUCUCUGGCCUCGCCUUGUGCGUUGUCAAUGUUGCUGCACAGAACUUUGGUGCUCUUCCCCCCUGUGCUCAAGCCUGCGCUACCAACUCUAUUCCUCCUUCCUGCGGUCUAGACGUUCGUUGUAUCUGCAGCGCUACUUCCUUUAUUACCGGUGUCUCCUGCUGCGUUGCUACUAGCUGUAACGCCGCCGACCAGCAAGCAACCCUCCAAUUCGCCGUGCAACUCUGUGCCGGUGCGGGCGUUACCUCCCUCCCCAGCGCAGCCGCUUGUCCCUCGACAACUGGCGCCGCUCCCUCCGGUGCCGCCUCAACAGCAGCAUCCACCGCCGUGCCUUCAGCAAAGACAUCUGCUUCCGCGGUUAGCUCUGCUGCGACGUCCGCCAUGACCAGCGCUACUGGUACCGCCUCCUCGUCUGCCGCGUCGACAAGCCACACGGGUGCUGCUAACCCCAUGGCCAAGAGCAAUGGUGUUGCUGCUGCGGGUGUCGGUGCUGCGGCCAUUUUGGCUGCUAUGUGUCUUGUUUAG